AUGAACGGUCUAAUGCCUGGACUUGGGUAUGAAUGGGGACGACCAAGAAUUCCAGUAGCCUGCAUUCCGGCAGGCCAACUAGUGCUCUGCAUCGACAACGACCUCUGGUAUGCACGUCCCCACGAGUCGCCCGACGCCUACGCAUGCCAAAGCCAUUAUCAAGUCAACCUGCUUACGUGCAAACUGCAUCGAGUAGAAUGGCACUCGCAACCUAUAUCUGGGAUCGUGGACUCCACACCACCUCCGACCUCCCAGGAACUUGAGCUAUGGGAAGACAUCCAAAUGAACUCUUCCUGGGCAAUCCCAUGCGUGGGCAACGGACCGAUGCUGGUAGCAGGCUGUCGAGUCACCUUACCAUUGAACAACAUACUCAAAGGCCAACCGGCUAGUGGGAUGAUUGUAGACACCGAGUUAAAGGGCACAUGCCGAGUACGCGUCAGCAGGAAAGGAGAGCCACUCGACAUGAAUCGUCCAACUCUGAUCGACGACUUGCUCAGCCCACCAGAAGAACCAGAUGAAGUCCUCAUAGAUCGACGCAAUUUGAGUCCCCACUUCAUUAAUGGACCGGUGGACAUACAAAUCGGUGACCGAGUGGUUAUUCUGAGCGGUCAUCACCUUCACCGAAUAGGGAUUGUGGAGCGCCUGCACAAUGGUCGAACAACUCCAUUGCUUACGAUCAUCGACAACCACAUACCCAUAUCCAACGUCGCCAUCUCCAACGUCGCUCGCCUGUUCUUACCAGGAGACCCUGUGGUGAUUCUUUACGGUGCGCAUAACGGCAUACGAGGAAAUAUAGAAGGAACGUUUGCUUUGAGGCAGUUGGACGACGAGCAACAUCAAUUUCCACCGGGAGGCAUUAGGGUGCAAGCAGAUUACGCAAACAUCGCUGUCAACGUACCAACACAGUUUGUACGCUUCGAUGUGCGUAUCAUGGGAGCAGAUCCCUCAAGAGCGCCUGUAAACGUCGAUCGCCACUGGCUAGCUCGGGAUGCACUAGUGGGAAAGAGUCUCAAAGUCCGCCUAGGACCCGUAUUGCGAGGGCGGAUGACGGAGAAGCAGGCCAUAGCGAUAGGUAAACAAGGUCACAUCAUACUUCAAGAAGCGGUAUGCCCCCAAACAUAUGCCGUUCCUAUGCAAGUGGAGAUUGACAGAGAACGAACUAAGGUCACCAUUGCCCCAGAGUGGCUUCAUCCAUCGUUAUACGACGUGAAAGCUCGAGUGAUGGAGACCGUCGUGGUAAUUGGCCCUGAUGCAGAAGGUAGCGAAGAGCAUAUUGGGAGGUACGCGCAUGUGGAACCGGGUCAAAUAGGGUGGCCAGUGAAAGCGGUGAUAACGACAGAAAGUGAUGCCAUUGCACACUUCCCUCAAGAAUCGCUAUGCAUCACUCGCGAUAUUGUUAGCAAAAAAACUUAA